CCGGCUUCUUUAAGCCCGCCCACCCAUGUGCCCGCCUGUGCGCCGCCGCAUGUAUAUAUAGCCGGCGGCGGCAUGGCGCGAAGGCAGCACACAACUCGCCGCCGCUUGCCAACCACUGUGGGAGCACACAGCACAGGGCUCAUAUAGCUAGACACUAUCUUGGUUUAGAAACUAGUACUUCAAGCUAGGUAGGUAGCGCUACGUGAUACUGACCAUGGCGUUAGUCCGGGAGCCGAUGGUGAUGUACGACGGCGGCUUCGACGCCGAGGCGUCCGCGUUCGACGCUCUUGACUACGGCGGCCACGACGCGCUGCUCGGAAGCGUGGACACGGCGGCGCUCUACGGGAGCUACGCCUACGCUCACGGCGAGCCAGCCGGCGCCGCCAGCGCCUACGUGCCGGACAGCGCGAGCUGGGCGGGCGCGGGGCCGUCCGUGCUCUCGUUCGGCCGCGCCGCGCGGGGCCACGCGGCCCAGGUGGUCGCGCAGGAGGAGGCUGACUGCGACGCGUGGAUGGACGCAAUGGACGAGGAUCAGCACGCAGGGCCGGCUUCGACCAUAGGGUUCGACCCCACCACGGGUUGCUUCAGCCUGAUGCAGAACUCCGGCGGCGCAGGGCGGCCGUUCGGGCUCCUGUUCCCGAGCACGUCCAACGGCUCGCCCGAUGCUGCGGCGCCGGCGCGCGGUUCCUCGAAGCGAUCGUACGCGGCGCGCGUGCAGGACGCGGAGCCGCGGGCCGCCAAGAAACCGUGCGGCGGGAGCAGGAAGACGAGCAAGGCGAAGCCGGCUGCGCCCACCAACAACUCUCCCAAGGGGGACCCUCAAAGCCUCGCCGCAAAGAACCGGCGGGAGAAGAUCAGCGAGCGGCUCCGGACACUGCAGGAGCUGGUUCCCAACGGCACCAAGGUCGACAUGGUCACCAUGCUCGAGAAGGCCGUCAGCUACGUCAAGUUCCUGCAGCUGCAAGUCAAGGUGCUGGCGACGGACGAGUUCUGGCCGGCGCAAGGGGGAACGGCGCCGGAGAUCUCCCAGGUGAAGGAGGCGCUGGACGCCAUCUUGUCGUCGCAGAGGGAGCAACUGGACUGAACUGAACUGCUCUAGCUAGAAAGGAGAAGCGUAUAGGGAUAUGGUAGAGAUUAAUCAACAACGAACCACCUCGUUCGAAGAUAAAUAAGGAGGCAUAUGCAGACGUACAUCCUCUUGUGGUUGGUGUAGUGAUGUAGAGGAGAGAGGUUUAACAUUUUGUUAAUCCUAGUAUUUCUGUUCAUGUGUUGUACUAGUACGUGAUGCUACCACUUUUCUUCAAAAUCAUACUCAUGUAAGUUGUUA